AUGGAACUAAACUGUACGCAAUGCCCCAUUUCUGUGAAGAACGGAGCCGGAUUGCGAUUGCGCCCUAGGAGUCUAAGAGGCGAAGGAUUCGGAUCCCUGGGUGGAAUGGACACUGUAAUCAAGUCAAGGCGCGCGCGCGUGAGAAUGAUGGCGGUUGGUUGGUUGGUGGGGACGGGGUUUUCGAUCGCGAUCUAUUUCGUUUCGUUUCGCUUCUUUCUUUUGCUCUUGCUCUUGCUCUUGCUACUAUCCCCAGAAAAUCUUGGACUCCUCGCUCUCUCGUUCAUUCUUUACCUACAAUAUACUCCAUCCCUCCUAAUCCAUCCCUCCCCUCAAAGGAAUCCUCCCCUCCAAAACUACUACUACUACUACUCAAUGGCGGCAGCGAACUCCCCGCAGAAACAAUGUUACUUCCCCGACGGCACGCCCACGAAUUUCAAAAAGGAUACCAUCGCCCCCUGCGAUCCAGACCCAACUUCCUCCCAUUCGGCCUGUUGUCCUGCCGAUAGCGUCUGUUUAUCCAAUGGAUUGUGUUUUCAACAAGUCGCGUGGGGAAAUCGCGUGUCGAGGAGUGCGUGUACGGAUGAGGAGUGGGAGAGUGAAAGGUGUGCUGGGGUUUGUACUGAUGUAUGGACCCGCGAUCCGAUUUCCCUAUAUCUCGUCCAGCCGGAUUCCGAACGGGGCAAUUUCUGCUGUGGAGGAAUGUAUAAUGGGACUUCCUGUCCGGCGAGGAGUAAAGGUAGUUAUGAACCUUUUGAAUUGGAAAAGGGAUUGGCGUUAUUUCCUAAUACGAGUUUGACGUUGGAGGAAUAUGCGAUGGAAGUGCAGAGGAAUAGCAGUGCGAGGGUUGAUAAUGAGGAGGAGGAGGAGGAAGCGGUGGUUGGUGGAGGGAAUGGAAAUGGAGCGACAACAACACCAUCAUCAACACCAACAGACCCCGCGAAUACAACCAACCCCUCGACAUCUUCCCCUCCGACGCUCGAAGCGACAACAACGUCAAAUAACAACACCCCCCCCAUAAUAGCCCUCGGAAUCUCCCUCGGAAUGCUCCUCCUCAUCACCACAGCGCUUCUAUUCUUCCAAUGGCGCAAAGCAAACUCCCUCCAAAAACAACUCGAGCAAGUGAAAUUAAGCACUACAACCACCCCUCUUGUUUCAGAGACGAGUUAUUUUCCCCCUCCGCCUUCACAAUCUCAUGAUGGAGGCGGUGUGGCGGGGUGGAGUGCGAUUACACAGCAACAACAACAACUACAACAUUCCCCGGGAUGGAAUGGGAAUGGGAGUGGGAAUGGGAAUGGGAUGUCUGAGGGGUGGAGUUCGUUGCCUUCGAGUGAUUUGAGGAGUGAGAUGGGGAGUGAGAGGGGGUUGAUUGGGGGUUUGGGGGAGUUGUCGGAUGAGAGGAGGAGGGGGGAGUUGCAGGGUUAG